UUUACGGACGGGGAGUAGUGGAAGCAGAACUCGUCGUAAGGGGGCCUACUCGUACAGUAAAGUUUAAGAGAACACACUACUAUUUAUUUUAUUUACUCAUUUUGUUCUGUAAUUUAAUAGAAAAAAAUGCCUGGGUUUUCUGAUAGAGAUCGUGGAAGAGACCGCAGCUUUGGUGGUGGGCCACGUUUUGGUGGCAGUAGAGGUGGGCCUACUCAAGGCAAGAAGUUUGGCAACCCCGGAGAACGACUCCGUAAGAAACAUUGGAACUUGGAUGAGCUGCCGAAAUUUGAAAAGAAUUUCUACCAGGAGCAUCCUGAUGUGGCUCGAAGGACACCGCAAGAGGUAGAACAAUUCAGAAGAAGCAAAGAAGUUACAGUGAGAAGCAGAGAUUGUCCAAACCCAAUAGUGAAGUUCCAUGAAGCAAAUUUCCCAACAUAUGUGAUGGAUGUAAUCUCGAAGCAGAACUUCUCUGAUCCCACACCCAUUCAAUCACAAGGCUGGCCUGUAGCACUUAGUGGUAGAGACAUGGUGGGAAUUGCACAAACGGGAUCUGGAAAAACCCUUGCGUACUUGCUGCCAGCGAUUGUGCAUAUUAACCAUCAGCCCUACCUGAGCCAUGGUGAUGGACCAAUUUGCUUGGUUCUUGCUCCUACGCGUGAACUUGCACAACAAGUGCAGCAGGUUGCUGCUGAAUAUGGGCGAGCGUCCCGACUGAAGUCAACAUGUAUAUAUGGGGGUGCCCCGAAAGGUCCACAGAUACGUGACCUGGAGAGAGGAGUGGAAAUCUGUAUUGCAACACCUGGCCGUUUAAUAGAUUUCUUGGAGGCUGGAAAGACAAAUUUGCGACGAUGCACUUACCUUGUUUUGGAUGAAGCAGACAGAAUGCUAGAUAUGGGUUUUGAACCACAGAUCAGAAAGAUUGUAGAGCAGAUUAGGCCUGAUCGGCAAACCCUCAUGUGGAGUGCUACAUGGCCUAAGGAAGUAAGACAGCUGGCUGAGGAUUUCCUGAAGGAGUAUAUUCAGAUCAAUAUUGGUGCUUUACAGCUGAGUGCUAACCACAACAUUCUGCAGAUUGUGGAUGUGUGCAAUGAUGGAGAAAAAGAUGACAAGUUGCUUCGAUUAUUAGAAGAAAUAAUGAGCGAGAAGGAAAACAAGACAAUUAUUUUUGUUGAGACCAAGAGACGUUGUGAUGACCUAACAAGACGAAUGAGAAGAGAUGGUUGGCCAGCAAUGGGUAUUCAUGGUGAUAAGAGCCAGCAGGAACGUGAUUGGGUUCUCAAUGAGUUCAAGUUUGGUAAAGCACCAAUCCUCAUUGCCACAGAUGUUGCGUCCAGAGGUUUAGAUGUGGAAGAUGUGAAAUUUGUCAUCAAUUAUGAUUACCCUAAUUCUUCUGAGGACUAUAUUCAUCGCAUUGGACGAACUGCCCGAAGUAGCAAAACGGGCACUGCAUAUACCUUCUUUACUCCUGGGAACAUGAAACAGGCAAACGACCUCAUUUCUGUGCUUCGUGAAGCCAACCAAGCAAUCAACCCUAAGCUCAUGCAGAUGGUUGAAGACAGAGGAGGUCGUUCCAGGGGUAGAGGUGGAUUUAAAGAUGACCGUCGUGAUAGAUAUUCUAGUGGCAGGAGAGAUUUUGGAGGUUAUAGGGAGCGGGAUAAUGACCGUGGCUUUGGCGCAAAGAAGGUCUUUGGUAAUAAGGCACAGAAUGGUGGCUACGCUGGAGCUUAUGAUGGCAGUGCCAAUGGUUAUACCAAUGGGUACACAAACAAUGGACAAGGAAACUAUCCUGUUGCUAACCAAGCCAUGCAGUAUGGUAACCAGAACUUUCAGAAUGCACAGUUUACACCUAAUGGGCAGGCAGCUGUGCAGAAUGGCAUGAGCCAUCAACCGUUUCCUUUUAAUCCACAGAACCCUCCCCAGCAGCCACAGCAGAUGGUGAAUUAUGCCAUAGCUCCAGCAUAUUCCCAAUGAAUUUAACUUUUUUUUUUGUUUUUUUUUUUUUUUGGGGAGUCGAGGUCCAACCUUAUCCAGAAUUUACCACAUUUUUGUAUAACAGGGUCAGACUUAUUUAACAUGUCAGAAGUAAACUUAAACAGACUGCAGUGCAGCAGUACACAUGGUGCACUUUUUUUCUUACUAUUUAAUUUGUUACUUUAAAUUCCUUUAUCUUAAAGGUUUUUGUACUGUAAAACUUCAUUUAAAGUGUAAAUGUUGAAAGUGGUAUGUCAAAUCUUAUUGGAAGGCAGUGCAUGGCCUGAUCAAUAAAGGAACAAAAGAA